UUACUCACUUUUCUUAUCUAACUCUCUCCUUUCCUUUAGAUAUAAAACAAUCCAAAAAAACUUUUAAAAAUUCUUCAAAAUUGUAGUGUAAUUUUUUCCCAUUUGCCAGAUUCUAUUAUUUCCUUGCCCCAGCAGCCAAGAUGAAGUACUAUCCGAAUGCAGAUGUGUGGUUCUAUGUGGACAAGCCCAGUUGUAUGAACAACUAUAUGAAAUAUCCGCCAAAUCAUAGCUGGAAGAUUAAUGACAAGACCACCUCUCGGGUAAUGCGCUAUUGGCGCGAUUCGGAGGGUAUCAAGAAGCCGGAGAUCAAGCUGGAGGAUCUGUAUUUCACCGACUGGCCAAAGAAUCGCAUUCGUCCUCAGGCCUGUCUGGGAUUGCUCUAUGCCACUGGUAACCGUUUCAUUAAAUUGACCAAGGCACCGCCGGCAGGAUUCAAGUGCGCCCCAAUGCCCGUCAAUUUGGCCACAGCUCGUAUUGUUAACGUGAUGCUGAAAAAGAAGGCCAAGGCGGAGAAGAAGGCCAAGAAGGCGGAGAAGGCCAAGAAAGAUGCCGAAAAGAAAGCCAAAGGCAAGGGCCAGGGUAAAGGCAAGGGCAAGGGUGGCCAACAGGAACUAAAGCCAAAGGUUAUCAAGACCUACAAAGAUGCGGAAAAAAUGUAACAGUAACAAAACUUAAGUAAACGUAACAAGUAAAUUUUUUA